GGGUCUGGCGGGCCCAAGGUGCCCCCGCCGCCACGGGUGUCUCCUUCCCCCCAGGGCCACACGCAGGACACGAACUCCUUCUUCAUGUGCCGGCGGCUGCGCGCUCUGGGCGUGAGGGUGGCCCAGAUCUCGGUGGUGCCCGACGAGGUGGACGCCAUCGCCAACGAGGUGGCCGCCUUCGCCGAACGCUUCACCUACGUCCUGACCUCGGGGGGCAUCGGCCCCACGCACGACGACGUGACCUUCGAGGCUGUGGCCAGGGCCUUCGGGGAGAGGGUCACCCUCCACCCUGAGCUGGUGGCCCUGGUGCACAAGUUCUUUGGCAAGACGGACAUGCGGUGCCCCGAGAUGAAGCUGGCUCGCGUCCCCGAAUCCUCCCACCUCAACUACGGCACGGACGAGCGCACGGGCAGCACCUUCAAGUACCCUCUGGUCAGCGUGCGCAACGUCUACAUCUUCCCGGGCAUCCCGGCGCUGAUGGAGCGUGCCCUGGAUGGCCUCGCCCACCUCUUCCGCAGCGAGCAGACCCAAUUCUACUCCCGCACCAUUUACGUGGCGGCUGACGAGAUCCUCAUCGCGCCCAUACUGGACCAGGCCGAUUCCACCUUCCAGGGCCGCGUCAGCCUGGGUUCCUACCCAGACUGGGCCAACAAUUACUACCGUGUGAAGCUGACGUUGGACUCGGAGUCAGAACAGGACCUGGAGGAAGCGUAUCGCUUCUUGACAGAGAAGCUGCCGCCGGGCGUUGUGGUGCCGUUGGUGAUGGACUGUGUCUCGCCAGCGGCCACGGAGGUUUAUAGCCUGGCCAAAUCAGGCUCGGCCCUGGGGCAGAAGGUGGCAGCAGCACUGCGGACCAUCGAGGAGGCUUUGGACCGGUACAGCCUGGCCCAGCUCUGCGUGGGCUUCAACGGGGGCAAGGACUGUACGGCCCUGCUGCACCUCGUCCACGCCGCCGUGGAGAGGCAGUACCCAGCAAGGCAGGAGAAGCUGCAGGUGCUCUACAUCCGCAUAGUGUCCCCUUUCCCCGAAAUGGAGCAGUUCAUCCAGGCGACCGUCCGGAGGUACAAGGUCCAGCUCUGCACAGUGGAGGGUUCCAUCCGGGAGGCCCUGGCUCACCUGAAGGAGCAGCAGCCGCAGCUGGAAGCCGUCCUGAUGGGGACGCGGCGGACGGACCCCUACUCACGCACCCUGACACCCAUGUGCAUGACGGACCCCGACUGGCCCCCUUACAUGCGGGUGAACCCUCUGUUGGACUGGACCUACCGGGACAUCUGGGAGUUUCUGCGCAAGCUCUUUGUCCCUUACUGCGUCCUCUACGACAAGGGCUACACCUCCCUGGGGAGCAUGGCCAACACGCUGAAGAACCCAUCGCUACGCUACACGGACGCCCGGGGCCGGGAGAGCUACCGACCUGCCUACGAGCUGGAAAAUGAGGAAGAUGAGCGCACUUCCCGCCAUUGAAGGCCCGCAGGCUGCACUCGGGGAUGCUCUACUGGGAUGCUGCCAGCAACCGGCUCCCCCGUGGAUGUCACUGGCACAGCUGGGGAUGACACUGAAUAAAUCUGCUGCGUGCUAGC